AUGUUCCAUUGGCAAGCUACAAUAAUGAGGCCAAAUGGUAGUCCCUAUCAGGGUGGAGUACUUUUCCUAAAAAUUCAUUUUCCAACAGAUUAUCCCUUCAAACCACCUAAAGUUGCAUUUACAACAAGACUUUGCCAUCCAAAUAUUAACAGUAAUGGCAGUGUUUGUGUUGAUAUUCUACAGUCACAGUGGGUCGCCAGCACUAUUUCAAAAGUACUCUUGUCCAUCUGUUAUGUGUUGUGUUAUCCCAAACCAUAUGAUCCUUUAGUGCCUGAGAUUUCAUGA